CUGACACACACUACGCAUAUGUGCAAACGCACACACACACACACACACUGAAGGAACGGCACAGAUUUACUGCGUUAAACAAACUCACUUGUCGCACUUUUCCACGAAUGCCAGUGCGCUGAAACUGCAACCCACCCGCCAAAGCAAAGCAAGAUUAGCCAGGACAAGCGUGCAGCGCAGUGCCCCAGGAGCAUUCGACCGGAGAAGCAACAGUCGAGGAAGCCGCGACCCGCAGACCCACUCUUGGCAGCCCAGAGCCAAUCAAAAUGGUCAAGUUGUUCGCGUUGAGCAUCUUUCACAAGGGCGCCAGCGAGGCGCGCCUCCUAAAGACCGCCUCGGACCUGCAGUCCUUCUCCUUUUUCCAACGUGGCACCGUCAACGAGUUCAUGACUUUCGCUUCGAAGACAAUUGUGGAGCGCACACAGCCGGCCCUGCGGCAAUCGGUGAAGCAGGAUGCCUACAUGUGUCAUGUGUAUGUGAGGGCGGACAAUUUGGCCGGUGUCCUGAUCGCCGAUCAUGAGUAUCCGCAUCGCGUGGCGCACACGCUCAUCACAAAGAUUCUGGAUGACUUCACGGCCAAGGUGUCGGCCGAUCAGUGGCCCAAUGGCACGGAGGCCACCAUCUCAUUUGACUUGCUGCCAGCGUUUUUAGCACGCUAUCAAAAUCCCGUCGAAGCGGAUCCGCUGACGAAAAUGCAAAACGACCUGGACGAGACGAAGAUCAUUCUAAAGAACACCAUCGAGGCGGUGCUGGAGCGAGGCGAGAAGCUGGACGACAUGGUUAGCAAGUCGGAGAAAUUGUCGCUGCAGAGCAAGGCGUUCUACAAGACGGCGAAAAAGACUAACUCCUGCUGCAGCUUCACUUAGGCGCCAGCUGCACAUCUCAUUCCCCCACCACACUCUAAUCCUCUCGAGCAGCAACCACAACAGGAAACACCAGAUAAUGCAAAUCAAAGACAACACAAAGGAUAAUGGAUAACACGAUAACACCAACAAACUACAACCAAACAAAACUCCUAGGGAGCGGUGCGACUUUGGGUUUUGAUGAAUGCUUUUUAUAAAUGAAUUAGUUAAUUUUAUAUAAUAUAUAUAUACUAUACUGUAUGAAUAGGAAGGCCAGUUGCCAGUUAUGAUAGUCCGCUAACCCAAUGUCUACCUGUCUGCGGAUCGUUGAGUCCUGUCUGUAUAUGUCUACGCUUUGGAUAUCUAAAUGUUAAUUACUACCAAUACAGAUUACGAUCUUAAACCAUGUGCUUAACAUAGUGUUCUCUUAUCUCUGUUACGGAGGUCCGAAAUCGACUCUUCGCUAGCUAGCUAUUGAUGUUGUGGCCUUUCUUAUCGCCUCCCCGGCGGAUCUAUAGCUAUCGGAUCUGGAGGCUGCACCUAUACACAUGCAGUCGCACUUCCGAUCCGGGCAACUGGCGGUCGGAAUAUGUGGGCGUUUCAAUAAAGAAGUAUUAUGGGAAAUGUGAUUGGAA